GAGCCGACCGCGGGCCGGGAGCACGGCGGCGGCUGCAGCAUGGGUCCUCGCCCGCGGCUUCGCUGAGCCUCGCUGGCGUAGGCUGCCUGCGGCGCCCGCAGCGGCGGCGGCAUGAAGGGGGCCCUGGGGAGCCCGGUGGCCGCCGCGGGCGCCGCGAUGCAGGAGACGUUCGGCUGCGUCGUGGCCAACCGCUUCCACCAGCUGCUGGACGACGAGUCGGACCCAUUCGACAUCCUGCGCGAGGCCGAGCACCGGCGCCAGCUGCAGCGCAAGCGGCGCGACGAGGCGGCGGCGGCCAGCGGGGCCGGGCACCGCGGCGGCCGGAGCCCGGCUGUGGCCUCAGGAUACAGACCCGGCGCGGCCGGCCGCAGGGAGUCUCAGAAGGAGCGCAAGAGCCUCGCGGCGUCGGGCGCACAGCAGCCGGACAGCCCUGGGGGCCCGCAGCCGCCAGGCCAGAAGCGGACUCCUAGAAGAGGGGAGCAGCAAGGAUGGAACGACAGCCGGGGGACAGACGUGUUUGAUAGAGCAGAGCGGAGGUCCUACAGGGAACAUCGACUCUAUGACACUGAGAGACAGGCAGACUUGACAGCGGAGAAGUUCAAUGAUGAAAAACCAGUUGACAGGUUUGAUCGAGACAGACCACUAAGAGGACGUGGAGGCCCCAGAGGAGGCCUGAGGAGCAGAGGCCGAGGUGGUCCUGGGAACAGAGCUUUUGACUCCUUUGACCAAAGAGGGAAACGAGAUUUUGAAAGAUACAGUAGCAAUGAUAAAGUAGCAAACAGAAUGGAGGACAGCAUGGGUGGCUAUGGUGUCCGCCCCUGGGGAUCAGGUAAAGACACUAGUGACACAGAGCAACCUGCACCCAUGGAAGAGAUCUCAAUGAUGGAGGAGUCCCAGGGCGCCCUGGAUGAGGAGUCUCUAGCCAAAGUUCCUGAGUUGGAGGUAGAAGAGGAAAAUCAAGUCCAAGAGAUGACCUUAGAUGAGUGGAAAAACCUUCAAGAGCAAACCAGACCAAAGCCUGAGUUCAACAUCCGGAAGCCAGAGUCCACAGUUCCUUCCAAGGCAGUGGUGAUUCACAAGUCCAGAUACAGAGACGAUAUGGUGAAGGAUGAUUAUGAGGAUGAGUCCCAUGUCUUCCGGAAAGCCGCUAAUGACAUCACUUCCCAGCUGGAGAUUAACUUUGGUAACCUCCCUCGCCCUGGACGGGGAGCCAGAGGUAGUACCCGAGGAGGACGAGGAAGGAUCAGAAGAGCAGAGAACUAUGGCCCCAGAGCAGAAGUGGUGACACAAGAUGUCGCUCCCAACCCAGAUGACCCUGAGGACUUCCCCGCCCUGGCCUAACAGACAUUCCCCUGCAGCAGAGCAGCACUAUGAAGAGACUUUCCUUGCCUGGAGAAGAGUCAGACUCUAAGAACAGUAGAUGUUGCUUUUCCUGUGUCGUGUGAACUUGUUGCACUUUCUUACUUUGUGGGAUGUUGAGUGCAGGUUCCUAUGAGGGUCAGGCACUUCCCACAGAUGAAUGGAGACUUUUGUAAGGAAUAAUGUUUAGAAUGUGUACAUAGAUUCUAACAGUUCCACCACAGAAGCUCAGAGUAAAGUAAAUCAGAAAGUAGAACUGCUGGGCACGGUGGUGCAUGCCUUUAGACUCAGCAAAAAAGAACCACCACCACCUAUUGAGAUGACUUAGGGAGUUAUCUAGGCAAGUCUUUUAGCAUUUCAGGACACAGGUACAACUGGAACUGUUCACUCAAAGCAGUCACAGCCUAGUGUUCAUACCAUUCCCCUAUAAUGGUUCAGUUUUGCUGAAGAUUCCAACUUUAAACUGUCAUUGUGCACCAGUAACAGCCACUCUGUCAGGCAGAGGAAGUACUGGCUUUCAGUGGUGAUCUAAACUACCUCGUGGUACGUGUCUGUGCGCACAUCCUUAUUUAGUGUAUGUGUGCAUACUUAGUGCUCAGAUGGUUGUUAAGUAUGAUUUAAAAUUGUGUUAUUUAACUCACUAAUCAAAUGAAAAGGCUUCCUGGUACAUGUAUUUUUUUUUCUUUCUUAAAACUAGUGUCACCAGGCAGUGGUAGUGCACACCUUUAGUCCCAGUACUCAGGCAGAGGCAGGCAGAUUUCUGUGAGUUUGAGGCCAGCCUGGUUUACAGAGCAAGAUCCAGGACAGCCAGAACUCCAUAGUGAGACUCCAUCACAAAAACAAACAAGAGAACUACUAUCAAAAUUCAGUACUGUUACUCUGAGCAGACUGACUUUUAACUCAAACCCAUUUACCAACUGCGAACACCAUGGACAGGCUCAUCCCCUGGGCCGUGCCCCAGGUCCUGUGUUGCUCUGGUGGAGGUUAGGGAUCACCUUGGAGGCUCAGUCACUCAGCUUGGAGUCCCACCCCAACAGCUUGAGACCUAGGGCCAAGCUAUGAAUCCACUGGCAAAACCAAAGAAGAGUCAUUGUGUGGGGGAGGGACCUGCCAAGUUAUUUAUUGGAUAGCUGUAGAGAUGGGGAGGGAGGCUGGCCUGGUUUGCUUAUGAUGGAACCUUGCUCCUAAGACCUGUGCUCUCCCCACUGGGCCACGUAGUCUUAGAUAGUACUGAACUGGAACCCAGGUAUAAAUGAAGGUUGGUGUUCCCUCUGAACUUUGUAUAAAAACUGAACUCUUGGGGUUUGGUUGAAUCAUCAAAGUUGAACCUCUAGACAUGUUACUACCAAGGAUGUUUGCUUUGGGUGCCCUCCUGCUUCUGAUCCCAUGUUUAUUAAAUCAAUGAGUACAAAGGUA